GAUAAAUAAAUAAGACAUUCAGCGUACUCGAACUAGGGUUCUCUCAGUCUCGAUCGAAAAAAGGAAGAGUAAUUGUGCCUUCUCUGAUUAGAUCCCAGGAUCUCUUCGUUUUUUUUUCCUUUCAGUUUUGCGGGGAUUGGUUUUUCCCUCCAAAACAACCAACCAACGAGGGGAGAUGACUUCGCGUUUCCAAGCUGCUGCAUUGGUGGCUGCACCUUCGUUUCCUAAUGCCAUCGCAUGGUCUGAAGAGAAUUUAAUCGCAAUAGCCUCGGGUCCGCUAGUUACAAUACUGAAUCCAGCAUCGCCUGUAUGUCCUCGAGGUGUGGUCACGGUGCCAAGUUGUGACCCUCAUCCCAUUGGUUUGGUAAACAAGGAAGAAUUGCUCUCUGAUUGCUUGUUGCCCACCGCUUUAUCUCGGGACCGUCAUCCAUGUGUUCGAUCGAUUUCAUGGUCUCCAGUCGGAAUGGCCCCUAACUCAGGUUGCUUGUUGGCUAUUUGCACCAUAGAAGGGCGAGUGAAGCUUUAUCACCAACCGUUUUGUGAUUUCCGUGCUGAGUGGAUAGAGGUCAUAGAUAUGUCAGAUAAACUGUAUGAUUAUCUUGCAAGUGACAAUUUUGGGGAGUUGGAGAUUUGUUCCUUGGAAACUGAUGCUGAACAAGCAACAGAGUGUGGUUUCCCUGAUGAUCUUCCAAAAUCCCUGGUGGGAAAGGAGCAUAAACGAAAAAGAAGAAAUUGUUCUCGAGCAAUUACGAAGGGCUUAAAAAGUUUCAAGGACGACCAGAUAUUAGAUCUUGGAAGUAGUGAGAAUAAUAGUGACGACUCUAGCCAUUCUACUGAAAUGGAGGGAGAGUGGAUACCUAAGGUCUCAGACAAGGUGAAAAAGAAGGAUCUACAUCAGACAAUUCGUAAACAUAAUUCUAAAGUGAAAUCAAGCAAACAGACAGCAGACAAACGUGCACUUCCGCUCAUUACUCCUCUCCAAUAUGCUUCUCGCAAUGCAAAACUAUCAUCACUAGUUGUUGCCUGGUCACCGAUUCUGUGGAUAUCAUCUAAAAUCUCACCGUUCGGUCAAGGUGAUUCAUCAAACCGUUGCUCUAUACUUGCAGUUGGUGGAAAGGCCGGCGAAGUUUCAUUCUGGAAAAUCCAUGCACCGCAAUGCUAUUCUGUUGAGCACAGCAAGAACCCUUGUACGGUGAUGUUUUCAGGAAUUCUCCGAGCACACCAUUCAUGGAUCACUACAAUCAGUUGGGCAUUGCAUGAUUCAAGAUCUCAAAUUUUACUAGCAACUGGCAGUUCUGAUGGGAGUGUAAAGAUAUGGUUGGGUAGUUGUGAGGAAUUGCUGAAGUUAUCGGAUGUUAAAAGUCCUCCUUUUUCCUUGUUGAAGGAGGUUACAACUGUUAAUGUUGCACCAGUUUCGGUACUAUCACUUAUGGUGCCGGUUCAGUCCCCACAAGAUGCAUUCUUAGCUGUUGGCAAGGGAUGUGGCUCUUUUGAAGUGUGGGUUGGUGAUAUGUCUUGCCAAAAAUUUGAAAAAAGGGGCUCAUACGACGCACACAAUCAUGUUAUUACAGGUUUAGCUUGGGCUUUUGAUGGACGUUGUCUGUAUAGCUGCAGCCAGGAUAAUUUUGUUCGGAGCUGGGUUUUACAUGGCAGUUCCCUCUUUGAAGUACCGAUUCCUUCCAAUACCCCUGGUUUGAGGAGUUCUACUGAUCUACCUGAUGCAUUCUUUUCAUGCCAUGGCGUGGCAGUGUCCCCUGGAAAUCUUGUGCUUGCUAUGGUUCGCGGUUUUGAUGUUGAUUUGUUGGAUAAGAUGUAUCAAGUAAGGGCCAUGAAGGCUGCUGUCGAGUUCUUAUGGAUUGGUGGGCAGCAAGUGGAUAUGUUACCCAACACGUCCCCAGACUUCGAGUAUGAAGCUUUUCCUGGUUUCCCUGAGAAAGAGCUGAUGUAUUGGGAGUCAAAUUUUUUAUGGUCUAUAAAACAAUUUGAAGAUCAGGAUAGGCCACUGGUUAUUUGGGAUAUCAUAGCAGCAUUACUGGCUUUUAAGCAGUCUGAACCGAAGUAUGUGCAGCAUUUAGUUGUUAGGUGGCUCUUAAAAACAUUCUUGAAGUCCCAGGCAGGCCUUUCUGUUGAAAAGAUUUUGUCCCGUGUCUCCAAAUGUUUCUUCAAGAUUAGUUCUCGACGAUUACACCUCUUGAAUAUCAUCUGUAGACGAGUAAUGCUAUCUGAGCUCCCGGCUGAUCAAAUUAACUUCGAUGGGCCAAGAUUUAGAGAAUCAACCGAUGAAGAGGGGCAAAUGACUUUGUGGAUGAAGCUACUCUUGAGAAACGAAAGAGAACUCCGAGAAAGGCUUGUGGGUUUCAGUUUUUCUGUGUACUUAAGUCUCAUAUCCCAUUCAGCCACAAAUUUUUCCCAAACUGCAAAUUGGUGUCCUUCUGGGUUGGCACAAAUGGAGCAGUGGGUGGGUCUUACUCGUGAUCAUGUGAGGGAUCAACUCAAGGGCCUUGCAUCAAAAGUUGGAAAGCAUGGAAGGAGACGCCGCUCCAGUGAAUAUGUAGCAGAAGAGGCGUGCAGCUAUUGUUCUGGGUCAGUUCUUUUCGAUUCUCCAGAAGUUGCAUUUUGCCAGGGUCUGGAGAUAGUCGAUGGAGUUUCUCAUAGCCACAAAUUGCCAAGGUGUUCGGUCUCUAUGCAGGUUUGCCCAGCCACUCCGUUAUGGUUCUGUAAGUGUUGUCAUCGAUGGACUUCCAAACUUGCACCGGAGACUCUCUUCACAAUGAUUGAUUAUUCCAUAGAAGUCAAAUCCUUGACAGAUUCUUCUGAUGUUGAAGUUUUGUCAAGACCCUUGUGUCCCUUCUGUGGGAUUCUGCUUCAGAAAUUACAGGCAGAAUUUCUACUCUCUCCGACGCCGGUAUGAGCUAGUUGAUUUGUGUAUUUAUUGUGUUAUUGUACAUAUGAUGUUGGAUUGUUGUGCAUCAGGAUAGAAGAAGUUAUUUAAUAAGAUUUUCACAUUCAGCUUAAACUUGUUCAAUGUGUUGAUGGGGAAAUUUAGAGCUC